AUGAAUGAAAGCAGUGAGAGAAAGAAUUUUCCAUCUGAGAAAAGAAAGAAGAAGUUCCAUAAUCUUUUUAAGUCCAUUUCAAAAAAUGAAGAGCUGCAGUACUCCUGCCCAUCCCUUCUGAGAGACAACUCAAAGUACUUCCAGGGCCGGCUGUAUAUAAGCACAGAGCAUCUUUCCUUCUAUUCCAAAAAUAUCUUUGCAAACACAACAAUAAUCCUAAAGCUAAAAACAAUUUUAGGAAUUGAGCUGAAGAAGUCAAUUUUUCUUACAGGAUCGCUGGAUAUAAUCACAUAUGACAAAACAUACAGCUUCAAAUCCCUUUUCUAUAAAGAAGAGUUAUAUCCAAUAAUCCUUUACAACUGGCAGAAGGUGAUGGGUAUUUCCAGCCAUCACAGCAGCAUGAAUUAUAAUCUGAAUAGCAUAUUCAAAAUAGACAUACCCCGGCCAAGCAAAAUAGUAGAAGAAAGAGCGAUCUCUGAAGAAGAAAGAGUAUUCAAUAUUGACAUGAGAACCCUGCUGAAAAGAAUAGUGGACACGGACUUAACUAAGACAUUUUACAAAACGUUAACAAAUGACAAAAUAUACAUAAACACAUACAUGAACCGGAGAACCAUCCAAUUUUACAAUGAAUACAUUGACGAGGUGUAUUCUGUUGAUGGAAACACUUUGAACAUAGAAUACCACUCACGAGGCACCCUGUGUAGAAUAAAAAUUGUUCCAUGCAGCAAGCACCAGGUGAAAGUCAAAAUAGUAGAGAAGUACAACUACACCACGCUGCAUUACUACAAGUACAUAGAAGUUCUUUGCGAGCACCAGGUGAAUAGCAUUUUUAAGAUGCUGCCUAUAUUUGGGGUGUUUCUUGUAAUGGUGGUAAAACUCGUCACAGGAAUAGGUGCUCGUCUGCGAGGGCUGCAUGGAGUAACAAGAAAAGACAUACCGCUAUUUUAA